AUGUGUACAAUAAAGGACUAGGCAACAACUUGAACACCUUCUACUACAGAUUUGUAAAAAACACUUAACACCCCAGAGCCACCUAGGUGCACCAGUGACCACCAUCACACCUCUGACUCCCCUUCCUGCAUUGACCAUCUACAAACAGAUUGUGAGACGUACCUUCAAACAACUAAAAAUCUAAGAAGCAACACCAUCAGAACUUGCGUCCCCGUCCUACCUCAAAGUCUGCGAGGACAAGCUUCCUCGAGUCUUCAAACAGAUAGUAGAUUUCUGGAACUGUGUGAAGUACGAGCCUGUUUUAAACACUCCAUCAUCAUUCAAUCUCAGGUCUGAAAAACUAAAAGUCGCUCUGACAUCUGUGGUCAUGGAGUCCUGACCAUCUCAAGUGCGUCAUAGAUCCCCUGCUAGACUCUUUCCAGUUUCUCUAUUGAACCAACAGGUCCGUGGAUGACGCAGACGCUGCACUUCUUCCUAGAACAUCUUGAAGGCGGUGGCGGGAUGGGGUGUGGGGGUUUCCCCCAAGGAUGCCGUUUGUGGACUUCAGCUCUGCUUUCAACACCAUCAUCCCUAUCCUCCAAGCUUCUCCAGUUCAGCAUCUUGCCAGCCAUCUGCCAGUGGAUUUAUGGCUUCCUGACACACAGGACACAGUAGCUUGGUGUGUGCUUGCUGAAGUGGGAGCUGCUGAUUGGACGACCCUCGACGGUAGGACGCAGAGAUGGAGGACAUCCGGCGCCGAGGAAUUGGAACUGACUGGGUCAUCUGCCUCCUUGCCGUUGGUGCCAUGGUCCGACUUUCCUGGGGGAUGACCGAAGGUCAUGUGUGCGAGACAAGCCAGUUCAUCGGGAUUAUACGGAGAAUUUCAGUCAACAUCACCUGUGAUCUUCCCAUGAUGAUAUGUAAGUCCACCACCGAGGUGAUACGGGGGAGUAAGGUGACAGUCUCCGCUUCCUCCGCCACGUGUAUGUGGGACAUCACACUAUUAAACGGACCUAGCUCUAGUAAGUGUCGUUCUGAUCAUCGAGGAACGACUUGGACGGCAAUCGCAGAAGAGGAUUUCAUCAUCGGAGAGGUUGGGGAGGAUAAUAAGCCUUUGGGGUGGGGGUAUGUGGUCACGGUCAUUUCUAAAGAGACAAUGACGCGAAAAAUAACUCAAACACACUUGACUCCCAUCCUUGACACCUGUACACACCUAGCUCAAGCAGUGGUUGAAACCAAGAUACACUGGACGAUUCACUUUCCCCCGAUUCCGAUAUGUAACAGAAUAAAAAGGGCAUGGUAUGAUACUUUGUUGGGGGGAACGGGAACUGUAUUGGGAUUGGCAAAUACUGCUGAUAAUGAGGUAACUAGAACCAUGCUGUCCAAUACUGGAGAACACUCUGCAAGGGCCUUGCAUCAAGUAGGGGUUUGGCUUCCUAAGGCUCUGGUGGGACAAAAAGAAAAUGCAGAACUUUGGAAAAGAGUGUUUAAUUGGGAUAUCAAAUUAUGGGACGAAGCAGGGGAAGUGCUUCAGAACUUGACAAAAGAGAGUAACUGGACAGUAUGUAGUAUUCAAACUCUACACGCUGCGGCUCAAAAAGAGUCGUUUCUAAGGAAAGUUACGUCGGGAAAUUAUCAAGAGUGGCGGAAGGUUUGGAACAUUUCCGACUCUUUGUGGUUGACAUUACAUCCCGAACAUACCAAAUGUGACAAAAAUAAAUGUACGGGGUAUUGGACCCAGUACAACGUGACGACAACAAAGGUGGUUUGUAAAUAUCAAGUUUUGCCUGUCAUAACGACAAGAGGAUAUUGGUUUUUACACAUGGACGGAGAGUGGUUUGAACCAAAAACCAACAAAACAUUUAAAUCAGAUUUAUGUGACUUAACAGACCAAGCGUUGGCUUGCAGAUUACAACAUGCGUACUCGAAUCCGUGCCUAACCGACUCAGAGGUUGUACUUUGUGAUUGGACUAGGGAGCCAGCCAGAGAGAUGAUGUGGCAAGUUGGACCGCAUACUCUCUGUGUGGCUACAACACAAAAUAACUCACAAGUACCUUUGGUUCCUUUUGUAGGAUGCCUUCGAGAUGUACACAUAUGGCGCUGGGGAAACAUGACUUAUCGUUUGACCAACUAUUCGGAGUCCCGCAGGUUGACUGCGGUCCAGUGGGAGGUACUACGCUCCCCCUGGUCAGUGUCUCUGGAACGAUUCAAAUGCGCAUUGGAGAGUUCUACAGACAUACAAAAACUCAUCGAGUCACAUGCGUCUAACAUUUCCAGUCUCAUGGUGUCAACUCUGGUAGUAAGCGGGGAAGUAGUGCAUGCCGCUAAAUUAGUACAACAGGCGUCAGCUCAUCAUUGGUGGGGCAUCUUCACAGGAAUGUCCUCCACUGCGCGUACUACUUUCGUGCCACCCUUGAUCGUGUUAAUGAUUGUUGUUUGUGUGCUUACGCUAUGCAAUAUGGGAACUUGCUAUUAUGUGCGUCGCAUACGAAUAGAGGUAGAAAAGGAAAUAUAUAAUCGCCUAUAUUCAAUUGCUUACAUUUUGAAUGAUGGAAAAACAUCAAGAGUGGAAUGAAGUAAGAAUAAUUUUAUUGUGUUGUUUUUCCAUAUUUAAAAGAUGUUUCGCAAUAGCUUCGUAUAUGUUUCGCAAUACCUUCGUAUAUGUUUCGCAAUAGCUUUGUAUAACCUAAAAGAUCUUCGCAAUAACUCUAACCCUAUAACCAGCGAAAUCAUAAAAGGAUGUUUCAACAUAACAUAUGAGGUCGUGCAACGCCAUCUGUUGGUAACAAAGAAUAGUGUGGCGUCAGGUGGGAUGAAUUGGCCACUCACCCCUCCUUCCGCACACGCUUAGAGUAUAAAAGGAGAACUUUGGAUACUCUCGGUAGAGUCUGCUGCGGGUUGCGUACGGACGCCCAGCCGGUAUUGAAGCUCGCUCUACCUGGAGUGUUGGCUCUCCCUCC